UACAUACACACACACACACAGACACACACACACACACAGACAUUGUCCCAAAUCGUCGAGCUAAGUCGAUUGGUAUAUAAGACUCGGCCCUCCGGGCCUCGGAAAAAAUCUUGAAAGUUUGAGCGAAUUCUAUACAUUUCUUUUAUAAGAAAUGUAAAACAUCGCGAAGCAUCAAGUUCUAAAUGUUGUCAAACGAUAUAAUAUCCGAAGAGAGUGAUAAGAGUUAUAAGAAAUGUCUCAUCACACUGUUAGGUGGAUUAAAAGCGUUUUUUGUUACUAACAUUAGCAAACCGUAUGUUCUGCCACACCUAUAUAUACUGCAUUGCUCAACUUGUGCAACGUUUACUUCACUUGCGCUUGACAAACACGCUCGUAAAAAGUUACUCAGACUCUGAGUAGUUUUUAACUCAGUUUUGAAUGAUGUUCGUGAACGUCAAAAAUUGAGUUGACAGGUAUAAUAUCUCUGAGUAACUCUGACUCUCUUUUUGGGUAUUACACAAGAAACCGUUUUGGAGUUACCAAAUGGAAAAGCCAUUUUUCGCCAAGUUAAAAAUUCCAAGCGUCAUCCGCCAUUUUCCAUUAGUAGGUACAGGCUCGUUUAGUUAUCGUUCAGCUUUUUAAAAAUAAUUUGUUCAAAUAUUUAUAAUAGUUGGAGCUAGAAUUGUAGUGUUUGUGGUAAAAUACAUUUAAAUUUUAAGAGUGGAUUUGAGCAACCUGCAUGCAGAACAUUUCAGAAGUGGUGGAUACUGAAACGGUAAUGAAGUUACGAGGUAAUAUUUACGCUAUACUUACAAAAAAAAACAUAAAAUUUAAUAAACUGAAGUUUCUUUAAGUAUUAUUGUAAAAAUAUUCCAUGAGAAAAGAAAGCCUGGAUUGUAUUACAUCCAAAACAAAAUUUUUACGGCCAAUUUCUUCACUGGAUGAAAAUAGGUUUAGCUCCAGUUCAGAUGCAACAAUCGAUCGUGAACCAGUUUAAAUAGGAAUCGGUUGUUGCACUUCAGUUGAACUCCGGAAAGAAAUGAUUUAGAAUUCCAAGUCAUGAUCCGGGUGUUUCCCAGUAAAGUUCAGCCGGAAAUGAGCCGGAUUCCGGCUGGCUCCAGUUAGUAUUCAAGCUCCAGUGACACAACCUAUUCUAACUAGAAUCGUUUGUAUCACUGGAGCCGGAAUACUAACUGGAACCAGCUGGAAUUCUGACUCAUUUCUGGCUGAACUUUACUGGGUUUUAAUGAAAUAUUGCACUCAUAAAUUGAGUAUCAUUCUACCCAAACUCUGAGAAAUUUCAACUCAAUUUUUGGCUUUUUUGUCUACUCAAAAAUUGGGUAAGCUUCUGCUCAUAAUAUGAGUAAUAAUCGCUCAAUUUUUGGUUUUGUUAAAGUUCUACUGAACCCAAAAUUUGAGUAAUGUUCAACUCAAAGUCUGAGUAAUAAUCACUCAAUUUUUGGUUUUGUUAAAGUUGUACUGAACUCAAAAUUUGAGUAAUUUUCAACUCAAAAUCUGAGUAAUAGUGACGCACUUUUAGGUUUAGUGUGGAUUAUAUUGUACUCAAAAACCGAGUAAUAAUUACUCAGUUUUUGGUUCAGGCAGGCUUGCUCAAAUUUGAGUAACUCUGGAAUUACUCAAUUUAAGGGUUGUUCCACUUUAUCUGGAAAUGGGUGGGAUUAAACUCAAUUUUGAGUUACUUUUUACGAGCGUGUAGCUCCAACUAUUAUAAAUAUUUGAACAAAUUAUUUUUAAAAAGCUGAACGAUAACUAAACGAGCCUGUACCUACUAAUGGAAAAUGGCGGAUGACGCUUGGAAUUUUUAACUUGGCGAAAAAUGGCUUUUCCAUUUGGUAACUCCAAAACGGUUUCUUGUGUAAUACCCAAAAAGAGAGUCAGAGUUACUCAGAGAUAUUAUACCUGUCAACUCAAUUUUUGACGUUCACGAACAUCAUUCAAAACUGAGUUAAAAACUACUCAGAGUCUGAGUAACUUUUUACGAGCGUGUAGAAUUGUAGUGUUUGUGGUAAAAUACAUUUAAAUUUUAAGAGUGGAUUUGAGCAACCUGCAUGCAGAACAUUUCAGAAGUGGUGGAUACUGAAACGGUAAUGAAGUUACGAGGUAAUAUUUACGCUAUACUUACAAAAAAAAACAUAAAAUUUAAUAAACUGAAGUUUCUUUAAGUAUUAUUGUAAAAAUAUUCCAUGAGAAAAGAAAGCCUGGAUUGUAUUACAUCCAAAACAAAAUUUUUACGGCCAAUUUCUUCACUGGAUGAAAAUAGGUUUAGCUCCAGUUCAGAUGCAACAAUCGAUCGUGAACCAGUUUAAAUAGGAAUCGGUUGUUGCACUUCAGUUGAACUCCGGAAAGAAAUGAUUUAGAAUUCCAAGUCAUGAUCCGGGUGUUUCCCAGUAAAGUUCAGCCGGAAAUGAGCCGGAUUCCGGCUGGCUCCAGUUAGUAUUCAAGCUCCAGUGACACAACCUAUUCUAACUAGAAUCGUUUGUAUCACUGGAGCCGGAAUACUAACUGGAACCAGCUGGAAUUCUGACUCAUUUCUGGCUGAACUUUACUGGGUUUUAAUGAAAUAUUGCACUCAUAAAUUGAGUAUCAUUCUACCCAAACUCUGAGAAAUUUCAACUCAAUUUUUGGCUUUUUUGUCUACUCAAAAAUUGGGUAAGCUUCUGCUCAUAAUAUGAGUAAUAAUCGCUCAAUUUUUGGUUUUGUUAAAGUUCUACUGAACCCAAAAUUUGAGUAAUGUUCAACUCAAAGUCUGAGUAAUAAUCACUCAAUUUUUGGUUUUGUUAAAGUUGUACUGAACUCAAAAUUUGAGUAAUUUUCAACUCAAAAUCUGAGUAAUAGUGACGCACUUUUAGGUUUAGUGUGGAUUAUAUUGUACUCAAAAACCGAGUAAUAAUUACUCAGUUUUUGGUUCAGGCAGGCUUGCUCAAAUUUGAGUAACUCUGGAAUUACUCAAUUUAAGGGUUGUUCCACUUUAUCUGGAAAUGGGUGGGAUUAAACUCAAUUUUGAGUUACUUUUUACGAGCGUGAAAAGAGCAAAUAGUGUCAAAAAAUUGCACAUCUGCUCGUUUGAAGUUUCUUUUUAUUGGCUGGUCGCACUAAAAAUGGAUAAAUUCAAUACAAAGUUGCAGCAGAAAAAUGCAAUAGUACACUCUGUGUAUUGCUGACCAACUGACGUCAACAUGGAAGAAAUUGUAUUAAGUCAUUCAUCGAACUAUUUUCAAAAUCAUAUCGACGCAGAAAACUCCGGCAUUCCGUUUCUGCACCAGGUCCAGCUUGCUCCUAACGUGGUAACAUUAAUUUCCGAUGCCGAAGAGUGUUCAUCGGGAGCAGAUUCGUCAGCUAUGCGAAUGUUGACCGACAUCGAGCUAAACAAUUUAAAACUAACGGAAGAAUAUCAGCAGUUUGAAUCUGACUCGACCUUAUCACCUGAGAUAAAAACGGUAACAAAUCCCGAAAACAAACAAGAAGCAAACAAUAAUGAAAAUUGCCAUGACGAAAACGAAUGCACAAGAAAAACGACAGCAUAAGCAACCUGGAUAUCAAAAAGAUAGCAAAAAGCAUGCUACGAGCACCAUCAAGUUUCGUUCAUUUGUCGUAAAUUGGAAAAAAGUCAGCGACAAUCUAUUAGUUCGCCUGAAUAGUCUUCAAGAACGUAGACUUCAGCAUCAUAACGCAACCAUACCUCGAUCACUGCGUUUAAAAAAAAUGAAAUGUGCAGUCUUGUCAACAAUUUGGUUGACCAAUUAAGGGCAGUCGAUAGUAAUAUCAGUGCGGAUAUUAUGGAAGCUAUUUCAAAGCAAGUAUUGCAAAAAUACCCUUGUUUAGAAAAACGAGACGAUGAUGGUUUUGGAAAUGGCUUGAGCUACAUCACUCUCAAGCAAAAAAUGAUCAAUCGAAACGUCUACUUGAAUCGCCUCAACGAAACAUCAAAGAAAUCUAUCCCGGUUUUUCAAAAACAUCGAAACCGUAGAGCUGGAACUGUCCAAGAAUACUGGAAAACAUCAUCCGAUCAUUGUCCAAAGGAAGUCUUUUCAAAACUUCGUCGGGAUGAACCAUCCUUGCUUACCGAGGAAUUCUUAGAACAGUCCCAAGCUUUCGUUCGAUCUCGACUGGAUCAGAAUAAAAAUCUUAACCUCAUUUUAUCGGAGUUACCAGUGCUACGGCGACGCAAGCUUCUGGAAUUCCAUUUCAAAAAAUCUACCGGUAUUGACAUUGGAAUGCUGAGCACAUAUUUCACUGCGAAAAGGGAAAAAAUAAUCGGAUACUCCACUACUCGAAAAAUGCUUAAGCUACAGUCUUCAUCCACUGACUACGAAGUGUUUGAUUUUAUUGCUAAAUUAGUAGGAGAAGACUUGAGUGAUCUCGUUUUGAAGAAGGAGAUCGGGACCGGUAUUGACGACGUUCAUGAGGAAUCUGCUGGACCAGUUAUAAUAUGCAUAGAUACUGGCAAUGGAACUUGGAUGUUCUAUGUAUUUGCAGAUCAUACACGAAUCACUGAGGGGACUACUGAUGUUAUUGGUGCGAUUCAGGAUCUGAUGUGUGUACAGUACGUACACAGCUUCAUGUAUUUGAAAAGCGCCGCUAAAUUCUUGGAGUUGGUUCAAGAAUACUUUCUAAAACUGUUUCCAACGAAAGGGUCGAAAUCCAACGCAACCAGAGUCGGCAAACAACAGCGAAUCGUCCAGAAAAUUAUUGCCUCAUUGUCGGACUUUGGAGAUGAUUAAUAUUUGCUUAUAUUCACAUA